UACAUUCAGGCAAAUGUUGGUAAUUUACUGCAAGAAAAGCAAACUUGAUUUGAGACUGCAGGACUGCCUGAGAUGGAGGGUGCUGUUCAAGCUGGCAAGUGGAGAGGAUAUCAUGUGAUCCCUCUAAUCAAAGUAGCAGAUGCAGCCCAGAGGAAAGCUACAGCUGUUUGUGCAGCUUGCAAGCCAAAAAUUACACAUACUGUUGUGCAUAAUACCAAGACCACAUUCAAGGAGGAGGGGGAAGCUGUUCUUGGACAUUCAUCAACAGAAAAGCUAAAUUGACUGAAAUCUCUGUUCAUGUGUCUUAGAUCUUGGGUGUUCUGCCUCACUCUAUAAGCCAAUUAAGGAGGGGAGGUGCACUAGCUAGCAACAUACUGUUUGGCAUCAGUAUGCCAGUGAGAUGUUGGUGGAGCCAAUAAUAAACAGCUUAGCCGUUAUGAGAAUAACACAUUGUUCUCAAUGUUUGGUAGUCCUUCAUAAUGGCAUCUAUUUAUAGAGACUUCGUUUGGUGUUUUAUGAACUCCCUUUUUUUCAUAAAUGGCUCUUGUCUGUUCAGCUUAUCAGGGUGGAUGCAACCCUAGGAAGGAGAAGAUAGAGAAAGAGCUUUAGAAUAAAGCUGCUUUCAGUAACCAUCCUGUCCUAUGUAAGUCUGUAGUCUUUAGAAGCAUGUGAGUAUGACAUUGGAGACCUCUUCGUUAACGAUCUGAGCUUCCUUAGGUAAUGCUUCAUGUUGCUGACUUAACCACUUUCUAGUUGAAUCUUAGCCCAGGUACAAUAUUUGCUUUUGGUGGGGGAUUAAUUCUUGAAAUCCUGGAUGGGACGCAACAAGGGAUGUGCUUUCAAAUCCCCUACAAAUUGUCUUCCUUGUUUGAGAAGAGGUUAGUGAUUCCCUCUGGUAGAUGUGAAGAAGAAUAGGACACAGCUGCGUGGAAAAUCCAUCUUUCUUCAGUGGUUAGGAGUUCACGUCUUUGUCCUGUCGCAGCUCCUGUGGCAUUUGGAACACAGCAAGGACAUUUUGGGGCAGAAAGUCUUCAUUCACCCCCAGUCACAUACCCAUCUUUGACCAUGAGCUGCCCCGAGUCUCAAAAGACAAGUGGGAAGAAUGCUGGUUCUCAAAAACAAGUUAUCUUCAAAAAAAGCACCCGUGACAAAGCUCUGACCAUCUAUGUGGGAAAGCGGGACUUCAUUGACAACAUAGGGAGUGUGGAACCUGUAGAUGGUGUUGUGCUGGUGGAUCCUACACUUAUCAAGGAGAAAAAAGUGUAUGUAUCCCUGACCUGUGCUUUCCGGUAUGGCCAGGAAGACAUUGAUGUGAUUGGCCUCACCUUCCGACGGGAUCUGUACUUCUCUAGGGUCCAAGUGUACCCACCUGCUGACAAGCCAGAGACUCUCUCCCACUUGCAGGAAUCUCUGCUAAAGAAGCUGGGGAAAAAUGCUUAUCCCUUUUUCUUUACGUUUCCAGAUUACCUGCCUUGUUCAGUCUGUCUGCAGCCUGCACCUCAUGAUAUUGAUAAGACCUGUGGGGUGGACUUUGAGGUGAAAGCCUUCUCAACAGAGAAUCUGGAAGAGAGAAUUCAUAAGAGGAACUCUGCACGUCUGCUGAUCCGUAAGGUGCAAUAUGCUCCAGAAAAGCCAGGACCCCAACCUUGUGCGGAGAGCACCUGGCAGUUCUUCAUGUCCAACAAGCCAUUACACUUGAAAGCUUGCCUCAGUAAAGAGGUGUACUACCAUGGUGAGCCCAUUCCAGUCACUGUCACCAUCAAUAACAGCACAGAGAAAACAGUGAAGAAGAUCAAAGUCCAGGUGGAGCAGGUUGCCAAUGUGGUUUUGUACUCCAGUGACUUCUAUACAAAAGUGGUAGCUGCUGAGGAAGCACACGAAAAAGUGCAGCCAAACAGCAGUCUGACCAAGACACUGACACUUCUGCCACUGCUAGCAAAUAACCGGGAGACAAGGGAAAUAGCUCUGGAUGGAAAGCUAAAAGAUGAGGACACCAACUUGGCUUCUAGUACUAUUAUUAAGGAUGGAAUAGACAAGACAGUGAUGGGGAUUCUGGUUUCCUACAAGGUCAAAGUGAAGCUCACUGUUCCAGGCAUGCUGGGAGACCUCACCUCCAGUGAAGUGGGUACAGAGCUGCCAUUUCGUCUCAUGCACCCCAAACCUGAUGAAAAGAACCCAGCAGUGAAGCAGAGCUGGUAUUUGAGGAGUUUGCUCGCCAAGACAUAAAAGAUACGGCUGAUGAUGAAGACAAGAAUAUGCCCUCAGCUGAUGAGUGACUAAAAGAACAAGCUGCCAGAGGAGCCAUGUAGUCUGGCAUCAAUUAGAAAUUUUAGGACCUAGGUUUCUAGUAAACUGCAUGUUCUCAGUGCUCGCAGGGUCUUCCAGGGAUCAG